ACUCCGGCACGUCACUUCCCAGGGAAGUCCAAAACUUUUCCAUCUGUGCCCCACAGCAGGCUGCAGCAGGCUGCAGGGGGAGGAGGCACUUUUUAAGGAUUAUCUGGGGUCUUCGCCAAGGCGGUAGGGCACAUUUUGAACCGCAGAGUGACCUAACAGUCCGCUGAAAAGUUACCACCCACUGACCAGGAAAAGACUUGGAGACGAUGCGUAAAAAUCAGAUUUGAGCCACAACUCCUGCGAGUUUGAAGGAUGUUUUCUGAGAGAGAUGGCCUGAACUUGUGUCUUUCUUGCUAGAGUCCACACAGUAAAAGCCUGCAGUCUGUUGAGCAUGCAGCAGCUCCGAGAAACUGCCUCGGGUUGAUUCCCAGUCUGGACUCUUUGCUCUAGUUUUUCCUGUGAGAGGAGAUGAGUGCUCAGGAUGGGACUGUGCCUCGGUACCGAAGUUACAGAGGAGGAGAAGAAGGCGAGGAUACACAGCACCAAGAUAGACAGAGACCUGUACGAGUACGCCAAGCGGGAGAUGAAUGUGGUUAAAAUCCUCCUACUAGGUGCAGCAGAGAGCGGUAAAAGCACUUUGGUCAAACAGAUGAAGAUCAUCCACAGUCAUGGAUUCACCAAGCAAGAACUCACCAGCUUCAAGCCUGCAGUGCUGGACAACCUCCUGACAUCCAUGAAGUUUGUCCUCCACGGCAUGGGCGUCCUCCGGAUCAACCUGGCUAACAGCAGGAACAAGGUCCACGCACAUUCUGUCCUGUCGUGUGGGCGGUGUUUUGACGAAGACCAGGUGCUGUUUCCUUUCCUAAGCCACGCCCUGUCCUGUCUGUUGGCCGACCAGGGGGUUAGGGCGGCGGCAUCCCGGGGAUACGAGUACGAGCUCAAUGACUCGGCGCUGUAUUUCUUUGAGAACCUGACCCGCAUCACGUCCCCAGAUUACGUGCCCACGGAGACAGACGUUCUGCGAGUGCGACUGAGGACGACAGGCGUGAUAGAGACCCAGUUCAAAGUCAACCGUCUCAUUUUCAGGAUGUACGACGUUGGAGGCCAGAGAACUGAGCGGAGGAAGUGGAUUGGUUGUUUCGAGGAUGUCCGGGCGGUGCUGUUCGUGGUGUCGCUCAGCGGUUACGACAUGACCCUGGUGGAGGACCCCUCCGUGAAUCGUCUUCAGGAGAGCAUGAAGCUCUUCUCCUCCAUCUGCAACAACGUCUUCUUCCGCAGCACAUCCAUGAUUUUAUUCAUGAACAAGAUAGACCUAUUUCAAGACAAGAUUUUACACUCUGGGCGACAUCUGCGGUUGUACCUGCCACAGUUUAAAGGUGCAGACUGCGACGUGGAUUCGUCCGCCCGCUUCAUCGCCGCCACCUUCGUCUCCCUCAAUGACACCCCCAGCAAACUCAUCUACCACCACUUCACCACGGCGACCGACACGUCCAACAUCCAGGUCGUCUUCCAGGUGGUGAUGGACAUGAUCAUCAAAGAGAACCUGGAGGCCGUGUCGCUCCUGUAACUGCCAGCGGAGGUCACCUGAUGCUGUUGAUCUUUUGGGAUGUCAUAUUUUAAAAGACACGAAGGUCGUCUGCUCAAAAAGUCUGUUUACUCUCUGAAGGUGCAGCCUGGGAGCUCUGACGCUGUUUGCCACGGUUGCAUUUCAUCCUCUACGAUGCUUGAUUUCAUGAAGCUUGGAAAAAACAUUAAAGGAGAAGGACCACUUGGCCGAUCCUUUGUUUUGGGGUCGAGCCCUAAGAUGUUGACUUUUGAAACCUUGUGUUGAGUAAUGGGCAUUUAUAUUUUUGUACUGUACUAUAAAAUCAGACUAUGAAAGGUGAAGUUUGAGGGCUUGAUGUGUACACAUGCCAUUUAUUUGCCCAUCUCUUCCUGUGUGUGUGGGCAGGACACAGAGGGGGUGAGGAUUUACUGUUUGUCCGUUACUUCCUCCGUGCAGGGUUCACUCGUGCAUACCAUCAUGUGUUUUCCACUCAUCCAUCACUGUGUCUGUCGUGCACAUCCUGUGCGUCACACCCUCCCUAACGAGGCGGUGAUCGCCGUAAAAGCACCCGUUUGUGUUUACUCUUCCUCUUACACUCCGUUCACCGUAAUCUGUGCCUUCACUCGUUCCCCCUGACUCCGACCAGUCAGCGAUGAUGCUGGUAUUUAAUAUCCUUAAAUGGGACGAGUGUAUGGAAAGAAAGCUCCCUGAAGCCUCCAACUUGUUUCAUUUCCUUCCUUUCGCUGAUUAUUGUUCCAUUAUCUGACACACACACUCAUAAACCCUGAUUUGUCAACCAGGAUGAUGCUUCCUAUAUGUGAUUUGUGUGGCAUUAACUCUGCAGGGGUCCAACUGUUUUGAAGGCUCCCCUGAGCGACUGACUGUGCUAUCACACCAGCUCCUCUGUGACUCCAGUAAUAAACAAGAUAUGGUAAUGACAGAUACGCUCCGAUAUGCACACUGAAGGUGAGAGAAAAGAGAAAAACACCCCCAAGUGCCUUAUGAUGAAGUGGUUUUGCUGUCGUGUAAUUUAAAUGCUUCAUGUGUGUAUUUUCCACUCUCAGAAUCAUUUCAUACCGUAUCUCUACUCUUAAAGCCUUAUAGACCACGUUCUCAGAUUUUAUGGUCUGUACUGAAACUGCAAUACUAAAUAAAUGUGAUAGGCUGUCGACCUU